AUGUCAUCUCAAUCCAAAACGCCAGGGAAAUCGUCGAGCAACCGGCAAGGCGCACUCGCGGGCGGACGUCACAUUACUCGAAACCGUGCGAGCUACAGUUGCCACACUUGUCGGAGAAGGAAAGUGAAAUGUGACAAGGCCCAUCCGAUAUGUGGCAAUUGCCUGAAGAACGGCACCGAGUGUAAUUACGAUACUGCCGCGCCGAAAAAAGGCGAUACAGAUGAGGGCGACGAAUUUUCGCAACAUGGUGUCAAACGCAGGAGAGGGAUGUCGCAAGUAUUGAAGGACGAAGAUGCCGGGGCGCAACCUUUCUCAAACGGGCGAGGGGUGCUGGAUUUACGAGGUGGCUCUGCAAUUGAAGCCCGACUGGACAAGCUCACGAAUAUGAUCGAGAGGCUGAGCAAGGCAAAUGAUUCAGUUCCCAUACAGGAAAUGAGCCGGCAGCUACAGUCGAUGAACCCGGACGUUGAUCUCCGUGCCCUCUCUAAACCAGCUACGUCGGCGACUACUGGUCCUACGCCGAAGAAGACGGCAGUUUCAAGAGCUGCCAGUCCUCGUCGAACUGCAGAUUCAAGUGGCGAUGAAUUUCCCAUACCGUCUGGAAAUGCCAUGGACCCUGUUGAUCCAAUUGGAAGCUUGAAUCUUGGUCAUUUGAGUCUGGAGGAUGGAAGGUCUAGUAGAUAUGUUGGUACGACGUAUUGGGCUUAUAUUUCAGAUGAGAUCAAUGAGCUUAAUCAAUUGCUUCGCGACCAGAACAGAACUCAUGACGACUCGCUUCUUGAUGAGAGCUCAAACGAUGAUGUCACGACAGAUGCUGCGGUCAAAUCACCUAGGGCAAAGGUUUCACCACAAUAUGCAGCUUAUUACCAGCAUCAGCGGCGAUCAUCACUUCGACGUGACCAUUUUCACAGAGCCAUACUGUUCCCAACAGGAGACUCUCCAACGGGUUAUGAUAAGGUGGUAGAAACUCAUAUGCUGGAGGAUCUUCCAUCCAGACGCCAGAGUGAUAUCCUGUAUAGAGGGUUCAUGUCUGGAGUUCACGCUAUAAGUCCAGUACUACACCCCCCAACGGUUUUAAAAUUGUAUUCUGCAUUCUGGGACUGGUACGACCAUGGCCACUACUCAGGAGAUCAGUGUCCAGACCCUUCUUUCAUCCCUUUGCUUUAUACCAUCUGGUAUGGCGGCUCAGUUACUAUAUCUCUCCGCACCAUUAAAGCAGAAUUUCCCAACGUGUCCUCCCGUUCGACUCUAUCAGAAAUGUUUCAUGAUCAAGUAACGAUAUGGCUCACUAAGAUUUCUUUUCCCCGGAACCCAACUCUACACGGAUUAGUUGCGUUUUUACUUGUACAAACGAUCUUGUCACGAGAGGAACAGCCUCUGGCAAGCAGUCUUUUCAUCAGCAUGGCUCUAAGAGUCGCCCAAACCAUGGGUCUUCAUCGAGACCCCGCUCAAUUCGGUAUUCAGUCAAGUGAUGCUGAGGCUAGAAGGAGAAUUUGGUGGCAUAUAGUGCAUAUGGAUGGCGUUGUUGCCAUGUCUAGUGGCUUGCCACCGUUAGUCAACGAUGAGAAUUUUUGGGAUGUUCGCGAAACUAGUGAAGUGAAAGACACGCUCUUGGGAACACCACAAGCUGAGCAGUAUUCGAAAUUGGUCGCUAACAAUUUACGGCCUCGCGAUAAUCCUGACGAUCCGACUGUUUGUGGUGGUAAAUCUAUGGUUAAUGUGUUCUAUCUGUGUGCCAGGGGGAAGUAUAUCAUGGCUCGUGCUAUUCGAAAAAUAUUGAAAAUCCAGCUAGGAACAAAACCGAUAACUGGAAGUGACAUGGAAGAACUGAGAUCAAUAUUAAUCGAUCUCCAAUUUCAGUUAAACUCCCUUGUCAACCGCAUUCCACUUGCCCACCAUCCCAACACAACCAGCCAAGAUAACAAUACGACGCCAUCGGAUCUGUCCGCUUCUAUUUCUCCAGGCGGCUCUUUGACUGGAGAAGGAGCUCUACCGGCAGACGGACCAAACAGUUGCUCAGAACAAUACCAUACCCCUGUCCUAGUCGCAUUCCACAAAUGGGCCAGAAUCCUACUCUCCUUAUUCAUCGACAAAGCCUUCUGCGUCGCCUAUCAACCUUUCCUGAAGAACGCCAAAAGCCGAGUCUGGCCGGCAGCGCGACAAGGAGCUCUCCGACACUGCCACGGCUUUAUGGAAAAGUUUAUUGCAUUAGCUACCGAUACCGAUUUUCAACCGUUCCAAUGGAGUUGGCCAGGAAACCAUCAACCUAUGCAUGCAACUAUGAUUAUGCUUAUUGACCUCUACGAACGACCGAACACCCCCCAGGCGCUUCGAUCCAGAGCAUUCAUUGAUAAGAUCUUUUCUAUCUCCGGACCUGACGGAGGCGUUGUUGGUGGUGAGGACGGAGUCACCACCGCGCGGCCGUUGAAGGAUGGGGGUAAAGAAGCGUGGGACCUGAUGCGACGACUUCGAGAAAAAGCAUGGCAAAAAGCCGGGCUCGAUCCGCAGCAACUGUGGACAGAACAGGCGCAGAUCCGGGCUGGCAUUACUACUCAAGACGGAACGCCUUCCCCAUACAUGAACCGUCCAGGUUUCAUCUCUAUGCGCGGAAAACCCGACACAUAUCUAGGGGAAUUUGCGAACCGAUUUUAUGAAAUGACACGAGCUCAGACACUGCCUAACCCUGUGGUGUCAUCCCUGCGACAAGAAAUACCACGGUUGUCACCAGCUGCGCCAAAACUUCAUGGUGAACCCUUAAACCAGCAGCAAACACAGCAAUACAUCCAACCCAGCCCUCCAUCAUCUAACCUUCCAACCGUAUUACCGCAACAACAAAGCCUCGAUGCAACUCUCACCCUCGCCAACCUGGCCACCGAAACCGUCAGCACGCCUUCACCCUCCCGCACCCUCUUCCACACACACCAUAUUCCCAUGAACCAUCCUUCUCACCCCUCUCACCCAUUCCCUACCGGCUCACCAUCACUCAACUCUCCCGCCAACUUCGCCAUCGACACACCACCGUCUACCAGUCCUCCCAGCGUUGCCGCAGCACCAACACCGCCGUCAAUGAUGGACCCGAAUUUGAAUUUCGACUGGGACCAAUGGGACGCGGUAUUUGGACAGCAAUUGCCCGUGGCCGACGAGUUGAUGGAAUUGGACCCAGUGGCUGGCUUAGGGCUGCCUGAUUUGGGCUUAGGAUUGGGGAGUAAUGACGGGUCUGGGAAUAUGUGGCCUGAUCUUCGGCUGUGA